GACAGCAAUAGGAUUAGAGAAUCAGUAAAGAGGCUGAAUCCCUAACUCAUGCAGUUGAUCUUCUUGCAAACUGAGAGACAAGCACGAUAGCUCUCUCUUUAUCUUUAUUUAAAACUGGUAUUACUUUUUAUAGGACAGUAUUCAGCAUAAAUGGAGAUCUUGUGGAAUACUGUUACUGUUUUUCAUUGACUUGAUCUGAAUUUGGCACUACAUUCUUUUGUUUGUUUUUCUUCAAAGGAGCUGCCACAAUGGAGGCUAUGAAGCCUAAACUGAAAGUGCUAAAAAAGCGGCGUUCCAGUCUUUUUGCGACGAUAAAACGGGAGGUCAGUUUUUCACAAAGCACUGAAGAGCAGGAAUGUGAAUUCCCUUUUUCUCAGGACAGCUCUGUGAAACCGUGGACAUCCAUGGACAACCUUGACACUCCUGAUGACAAGAAAAUUGAAAAAGAGGCACCAAACCCAAGGCAAUCAAACAUUGUGAAUCUCAAUGUGGGUGGAAAAGUGUUUCACAUCCCGAAGCAUUUGGUUCUCCAACACCCAAAAACCAGGAUUGGAGUCCUCGCCCUCUGCAACGAUCCGGUCAAGCGUCUGACGCUCUGUGACGAUUACAAUGUUCAGAACAACGAAUUCUUUUUUGACCGAGACCCUAUGUUUUUCCACUACAUCUUCCACUUUUAUUGUAGUAAGGUCCUUUGGGUUAUGGAUAGUCUCUGCCCUGUUAACUUUGAGGAAGAGAUGUCAUUCUGGGGGUUGAAACUGAAGGACUCUCCAAGGUGCUGUCGCAUUCUGUUUGAGGAGAAACUUGAUGACAUCAGAGACCAACUGAAGGUCAACCAGGAGCUGAUUGAUGAGAUUAAGCCUCACCAAGAUGACGAGGGAUACAAGACCAUGUUUCUUGGACACUAUCGCAAGAGUCUCUGGGACUUGAUGGAGAAUCCUUACUCUUCACUGUCAGCCAAAGCUUUUGCUGUGUUUUCCAGUCUAUUUGUGCUUAUCUCUAUUGUUGCCAUGACACUCAAUACAGUACAAGAACUCAGGCGGUACAAACUUGCUGACAGAACCUACAUGGAGUGGAUAGAGAUUUCCUCCAUCCUUUUCUUCACCUUAGAGUACUUUUUGCGGCUACUAACCACAUCCAACAUCAAACAUUUUGUGAAGAGUGCCCUUAACUUUGUUGAUAUGGUGGCUGUUAUGCCCUACUUCGUCCAGAUAAUUUUUGAGGUAUUUGUUAUGGAUUCAGAAGACAUGGGUGCAAAGGAAGAUUUGAAAACCAUGGCGAGGGUCAGUAAAGUCAGCAAGGUGCUCAAGGUUAUCAAGCUGAUGCGUAUCUUCCGUAUCUUGAAGCUUGCCCGUCAUUCCACAGGCAUGAGAGCUUUCGGUUUCACCAUCCGACAGUGCUCUGAGCAGGUGUGUUGUCUGUUUCUGUUCAUUGCCAUGGGCAUCUUCACCUUUUCUGCUCUGAUGCACUCUGUGGAGGUAGAUCAGCCUGGGACACCAUUCAGCAGCAUACCAGAUGCCUGGUGGUGGGCUGCGGUGAGCAUCUCUACAGUUGGCUAUGGAGACGUCGUCCCCAUCUCCUAUCUUGGCCGCUGUGUGGCAUUUGGCUGCAUCUCUUUUGGCAUCAUCCUCAAUGGCAUGCCCAUUUCUAUUCUGUUCAACAAGUUUUCCGACUACUACGCCAAACUGAAGGAACAGGAGUACAGUGUAUCAAACACGGAGCGUACCUUCCAGCUCAGAAAACGUCUGAGGCGUAAAUUUAACAAGUGCUGUGAACCCCAGCCAGAAGACUCUGAUGAUGAGAUACAUUAUCGGCCCAACGUGAGGCACACUGUCCACGAGAGUGAAGAUUGAGCGAAGCUGCCAACUUGCAACCUCACUAACCUUGAAUGGCCUUAUCACCUAUGGGUCUGAAAAUUGUAAGACCCCCAUCUGCCUCCAACUCUGAACUUAUGUGAUUUCAGAUGAACAAUAUAAGGGAGGAAAUGGAGGCAGCAGCAAGUUGAGAUAAGCUUUA